AUGCCGUUGGUGCACCGGUUUUUUGCCAAGGGCCACAGAAGGCAUCACAGCAAGAGAGGGGCUAACUGGGUAGACGCACGAUCCGAACAGGAGAACAAAACUGUGGAUAGGGAAUCCGCAACAAAGGGUGCGAAAAUAGGGGAGUAUCUGAAAAGGGAAAGAUACAAAUACACGAAGAGAAAACAAAUCACAGUAGAGAUGGCUGAAACGAGAGAGCACUCUGGAGAAACGGGUAAAGAAAUCUUGUGA